AUGUCUUCCCUUCAGAAGCUGACCGUGGCACUCAUCGUCGCUUCCCUCGUCGGUUUCGGCGCCGCCGGGGAGCUUCCGCCCCUGGAGGAGGAGUCGGCGGCCGCGGAACAACUCCGCGUUGCCGCCCUCGAGGCACGUCUCAUAGCGGGACUCACCGGAGGCGGCGGCGGGCUGGUCGACUGCUGGAACGCGCUGCUGGAGCUGCGCUCCUGCACCAACGAGAUCGUCCUCUUCUUCAUCAACGGCGAGUCCUACCUGGGCCUCGACUGCUGCCGCGCCAUCCGCGUCAUCACCCGCCACUGCUGGACCUCCAUGCUCACCACCCUCGGCUUCACCACCCAGGAGAGCGACAUCCUCCGCGGCUACUGCGACUUCGAGGCCACCGCCCCUCCCCCCGCCCCUGCGCUCCCGCCGCCUCCCACCACCGCACCCACUGCUUCGAAGGCCGACACGGAACUCGCCGUCGAUGACCCAACGGUCUAA